AUGUUGCACCCGAAACUGUGUCGCGUGCUGAACGUUGUCCACUGCCACGCCGUGCUCUUCGGCCUGAUGUGCACCACUCUGAGAAUACGUUCGUACAGGAGAACCGUCCGCUUGGAGAAGUUCUCCUGGAUUUACCCGAUCUACAGUGUGGUUAUUGGGACCUGCCUGUUCCUGAACAUCUACUUCAUGUUCCCCCAGGCCAUUCUGGAUGGUUACAUCAAGUACAACAUCGUCCUCCAGUGGAACUCUUUUGUGCAGAUUGGCCUGCAAGUGAUGGCUAUUAUUGGCAGCUACGGAACCAUUUUGCUAAAGCGCCGGAAUAUCAUAGAGUUCUGCAAGGUAUCGCUGAUUUAUUGGAAGAAGUAUGCGAAAAUAACGAAGAUUACAGUGAAUAAGGAUGAACUCAGAGAGUUGCAACUAUCGCUGGCCGCGAUAAUGUGGCAAAUAGUGUUUGUUUUAUAUUCGUACUUCUUCUUCUCUGCGGUGGUUCAGUACCAACUGCUGGGUGUCAUUAGCCACUAUAGUUUAAUAGCCUUGACUGCGAGGCUCUCCCAUUCGCUACACUUUGUGGCUGUUAAAAUGUUCUUCUAUGGAGUUCUCAUACUGCUAGAUCACCAAUUUGGGGUAAUCAGACUGGCACUAACAGCCCUGCAUAAGGAGAGCAGCAAAAGGAAAUGGAAAACCCUGCACUCAAUAGCCGCAAUGCACUUGGAAACCCUUCAGCUGGCCAAGACUGUAUUCAAGCUUUACGAUAUAGCCAAUGCCACAUUGUUCCUGAAUAUGUUUAUGACCACCAUGAAUAUCCUGUACCACGCUGUCCAGUAUGGCAAUAGAAGCAUCAAGUCCGAUGGUUGGGGCAUCAUUUGCGGCAACGGAUUGGUUGUCUUUAACGUCUGGGGAACAUUUAUCCUGUUCAACAUGGUGGACAGAGUGGUGAGCUCCUGCAACAAUGUGGGUCAGCAGCUUAAGGAGUUCAGCGAUCUUCCCAAGGUUAGCGGACGAUUUCAGAGGGAGCUGGAUGACUUUUCAAUGCAGUUACGACGCAAUCCCUUGCUAUACAAAAUCUGCGGAGUUGUGGAACUGGACAAGCCAGCUGGCCUCAGUUAUAUAGGCUCGAAAAAUUAA